UCAUUCAGUUUAUUUCUUGUCGAAGCCAUGAGUGGGUGUGUGUAAUGUUGUUUUAAUUUUUGAUGCGAUAUUGUUUUCAUUAGCCCGUCCUAAAGUGAAGAGAGGUGAAAAUGUAAAUUAUCCAGUGGUUUGAAUCGAAUUUGAAGCUGUGCAUUGUAUGAAUCACAAGUGAGAUAAGUUAUUUGUUCGCAACAGACUUGAUUGUGCUAUCAACAUGCCGGGGCUCAUAGGGAUUGGCGAAUUUAUCGAGGAAACUCGAGAUGAUUACAACUCUCCUACUACUUCGACGUUUGUGUCACGUAUGCCACAAUGUCGACAAACUAUCAACGCCUUGGAAGAGACGCUGGAUUUCGACCGCGAUGGCCUCACCAAAUUGAAGAAGGCCAUCAAAGCUAUCCACAACUCUGGAAAUGCGCACGUGGACAACGAGAUGUACCUGGCGCGCGCGCUGGAGCGGCUCGGUGGCAACGCGCUCAACAAGGACUCGGAGCCAGACAUCGGCGCCGCCUUCUUCAAGUUCUCCGUCGUCACCAAGGAGCUGUCAGCUCUUAUGAAAACACUGAUGCAGAACGUGAACAACAUAGUGAUGUUCCCAGUGGACAGCCUGCUCAAGGGCGACCUGCGCGGCGUCAAGGGCGACCUCAAGCGGCCCUUCGACAAGGCCUCCAAGGACUACGACUCCAAGUACCUGAAGAUAGAGAAGGAGAAGAAGUCCCAGGCCAAGGAGGCUGGCCUCAUCAGGACAGAGGUCACGCCGGCCGAGAUAGCCGACGAAAUGGAGAAGGAACGGAGACUGUUCCAGUUGCAGAUGUGUGAGUACCUGAUAAAGUUCAACGAGAUAAAAACAAAGAAGGGCAUCGAGCUACUCCAACACCUAGUGGAGUACUACCACGCGCAGACCAACUAUUUCCAGGACGGGCUGAAGACCAUCGAGCACUUCGGCGUGUACGUGGCCAACCUCAACGUGCAGCUGCAGAAGAUCCGGCAGCAGCAGGACGAGGAGCGCCGCCGCCUGGUGGACCUCCGGAGCAUGCUGCGCGCCGCCACGCCCGGGGAUAAGGACCAGGGUGCGUCAGUGGGGGGCUAUUCUCUGCACCAACUGCAAGGCGACAAGCAGCAUGGCUCAUCACGCAGUGGCUACCUGCUCAAGAAGUCCGAAGGCAAAGUCCGUAGAGUCUGGCAGAAGCGACGCUGUCGGGUGGCGGCUGAAGGGUUCCUGGACAUAUUCCACGCGGACGAGAAUAAACCCCCGGCCCGGGUGAACCUGCUCACGUGUCAGAUUAAAGUGGCCAGCGAGGAUAAGAGGGCGUUCGAUCUAGUCUCAUAUAACCGAACAUACCAUUUCCAAGCCGAGGAUGAGGGCGAGCAGCGCGCCUGGACCUCCGUGCUAGUCAACUGCAAGGAGGGCGCGCUCAUGCGGGCCUUCCACCAACAGGCGGGUGAAAGCAACAGCGACAGCGGGCACUCGCUGCUGGAGCUGCAGCGCGCCAUCAUCCGCGCCGUGCGCGCCAUGCCCGGCAACCAGGUGUGCUGCGACUGCGGCUCCACCAAUGACCCCACCUGGCUGUCCACAAACUUCGGCAUCAUCGUCUGCAUCGAGUGUUCGGGCAGCCACCGCGAGCUCGGCGUGCACGUGUCGCGCAUCCAGUCGCUGACGCUGGACCGGCUGUCCACCUCGCAGCUGCUGGUGGCGCGGCACAUGGGCAACGCGCUCUUCAACGAGGUCAUGGAGCACGAGCUCAAUGAACAAGACAAGCUGACGCCUCAAAGUACCAUGGAAGAGCGUCUCCGCUUCAUCCGCGAGAAGUACGUGUACCGCGCGUGGGUGUCGCGCACGUGCCGGGACGCGGGGGAGCGGCUGUCGGAGGUGGAGCACGCCGUCAACAACGCGCACCUGCAGAACCUGCUGCAGGCCACCGCCGAGGGCGCCGACCUGUGCGCGCCGCUGCCCGGCUCCGACUGCGAAGAGACAGCACUCCACCUUGCCAUAACCCGGGAGCUGGGCGACGGCUCCUGCCUACACAUAGUCGAUUUUCUAGUCCAAAACGGCGGUCCCCAGCUCCUAGACAAACCCACGAACCAAGGUCUAACGGCUUUGCAUCUCUGCGCGGCGACUGAUAGGACGGAGGCCAUGAAGUUGUUACUGAAGGCUGGGGCUGAUGUUAGUGCCAAGGAUGCGAGUGGGAAGACUGCACUGGCGCUUGCUAGGCAUAUGGGGCAUCAUGCGUGUGAGGAGUUGUUACUCAGCAAUGACAAGCGAGAGAAGAGCGUGUUCGAGAACAUCAACAUCGACUGGAACCUGUCGCACGACGACGGCUCCACGGACUUCUCCGACGACGACACCGUCAUCGACGAGCGGCAAAACGGCAGCGUGACCCCUGAGAAGAAGUGCCCGCGGUCGCGCCCCCCGUCGUACUUCAGCGAGCGGCGCGCCGAGUCGCCCGCGCCGCGCUCGCGAGCCGCCACCUGCGACGCCGCGCACCCGCACAAACCACACGCCUACAACAUCGGCAGCCUCAAAAAGCGUGCGGCGCCGCUGCCCCCUGCCGGGACCCUGCCGCACCCCCCGCCGCACCCGCGCUCCACCCCCUCGCCCUCCGCCGAGAGCGCUAGAGGACUAUACGGCACUAUAGUGAAGCACCGGCCACAGCAGCCGCCGCCGACGCCGCCGCCCGCGCCCGCCACGCCCCUCCACAACGGAGCCGCCAAUCACAGGGACGAACCCACGCCGCCCCCGAGAAAGAAAAAAAAUAGAUUGCACCUGGAAAAGGCUGUGAAAGCAAGACUGAGACGGGAAUGUUCUAGUCAAGACUCGUCGUUGGAGCUAUGCGAUAUGUCGGACGUGCUCGAGGACAGUCGGCUGCACUCGGCACUGUCGUACGAGAGCGAGCGGUCUCGGGAGCGGUCGCGACACAGCGACAGUCGCUCUCUGGACAUCUCUGACACUUCCAGUGUGCACUCGCGGUCGCCGUCUGCCUCUAUUACUAUGGUCGGAGCCAACACGCGUCGAUGUCGAGCCCUCUACGACUGCCAGGCAGACAACGAGGACGAGCUAUCCUUCACCGAGGGCGAGAUCAUCGUGGUGGUGAACGAACGAACCGAGGACGACAACUGGAUGGAGGGGCAAGUCGAGGGCACCGCGCGCCGCGGCAUGUUCCCCGUCUCCUUCGUGCACAUGCUGCCGGACUAGCCAGAGAGAGACAGCGCUAUAUUGUCCGCUCCGUCGUAGGCCAGUAGCCUGUUAGACUGUUCGUAGAACUAGGACCUCCUUGUAACAUUCAACUGUUUUGAAUGAUCGUUGCCGUGUGGUGUUGUGGAUGACUGAAUAAGGAAUAUUGAGGCUGACUUGGCUCUCCCGCUUUGAGUCUGAUUUUCCUGUGUUCAUCAAUACUUGUUACUGUUUCUGUAACUAAUUUUAGUUUGUGACUACUAAGGUACUUUGUAGAACAGAUAACUGUUUAAUAUUUGUUUUUGUAGUAGGUGAGUAACGUGAUUGAAACGUUCAUUAAAUCUAACCAAAGUAUGUAUCGUAUGCUGUGACAAAACAAAUUGACUCAUGUGCUGCAUUUGAGCUUAUUUAUUGUAGAAUUUGGUUUUGUAUCCACAAGUUAUACAACAGUUUCUUGUUGAAUCAUUCAUUGUUCAAAAAUCAAAUUUUAAAGCUUACUCUUGUUAAAUCAGAUGGCCUAUACUAGCCUAAAUAUCAAAAGUUCUACAGUCGUUUAUGCUCUAAACUUGGAUAUCAAUCAGUGUAUAUGUUCUUUUAAAAAUGAGGAUAUAUAACAAACUUUUGGUAUAGCUACAAUUGUUUUUAUACAGGAAUUUUAAUACUCAUAAAUAUUUUACCAUUCCUACUUUUGGAUAUCAUAUUUAUUAUACUGUUUCAUGUCGUGCGUGUUGCGUGUUAUAAUGUCAAAAUUAAUUCAUGCUAAAAUCAUAUAGACGGCGAUAGAUUGUAUUAUAAAAUUAUGUAAAUUUCUGUUAGCUCUAGAUUUGUUGACCUAAUCUAAAAGUAAAUUGUAUGUAAGUAACUAGAAAGCGGAAUCUGGAACACCAAAAACUGUGUUUAUAUCGAAACACCGUCCCGAACGGAUUUUAUAAACUACUUUGAUUAUUUGAACGGCUUUGACACAAUCGUUUUAUACCAACUGCAUGUGGUACGUAUAGGUUAGCUGUACUAAAGUGUUCUCAAACUAAUAUGAAUGUAAAUAUAUAGAUGCGUAUGAAAAUAUAUUAUCUUGGACUGAAUUGUUUUUGGAUGGGUUGGAUAAGAUAUGUUUCUUCGUAAUUAAAUAAUAAUUGUAACUGUAUGUAGUUCAAUAUUUAUAAACUUUUGGGACUCAACAUUUCAAUACAGAGUACAGAUCUCACUUACAAAUAAAUGUUCUUAGAAAGAUUGUUAUAGUAGAAUCAUUAUAAUAAUAUAAUGAUAGCUCAGAUAAAAUUGCCAAAAACUUCAUAUAAAGUAAUAUUUCUCUAAUCGGGCUUACUAUCGGGAUAUUAGUGUGGUGUACUUAUGUGAUAUCUUGUGGUUCGAAUAUCAAUAUUCAUAAUUACGAGCGUAUAGAGUCGCUCUGUGGGGUUCAUCCCCGUAGCCUCAUGCUCUCUUAACCAAUUACCUUGGACCAGUUGUUGUUCGUAGGCUGUUUGUUCUCAGUAGUCAGAAUUGUGAGUUCAGUGUCUUAGACUGUUGGUGCAUCUAAAGAAAUAUUCUAUUCAUGUUAAAUGACCUACAUUCAUACCUGAUACACAUAGCUAGUGUGCAAAAUAUAGAAACGUAGUGGUCUGUUUAUGUGCCCUUGCCUCAUUGGUGAUCCAAAAAUUAUAAAUGAGGACCGAUGAUUAAUGGUCAAGAGUAAUCAUGUAUAGAGUUUUGUUGGCCCUGUGUCUAACCAUUUUAAAAUUAUUGUAGUAUAUUUCGAAGGUCUAGGCUCAUAUUUGCUCAAGUUUAAGUAAUGUUAUAUUAAUCAAUGUAUUGAUUUGAAUAGACGUUGUAUUUGCUGUCAUUUAGCAUUAACAUGCCCUAAAAAGCCUUUUAGUAGGUAUAGUUUUAAAAGAUUUACGAUGACGAAAAUGUAGAUUUAUUCAACAUUCCCAAGUUUUUUUGUAUAUUGUGUUGGCUUGUUUCUUAGGAAUUACCUUACAAGUUACCUUAUAAUAUUGUGCGAUGCCAUAUAAUUAGUAUUAAUACCCUCAUAUGACAAUCCAUGUAUUAAACUUGGUUUGUAGUCGUAGGUACUUACUUAUUUUAUUUUUUGGUUUUGGAAAUACCUAUGUAGAGCUAUUGUAGCAAACUUUCGCCUGUAAAAUAUUACACCACAAAAGCGUUGCGAUACGUAUAGUUUAUUUUAAUAUAUCUAUAUGAGAUGCCUUUACUUUAGUAUCUUAUAUUUUAACAGUAUUAUCUCAAAUAUGAAAUCCCAUUUAAUAAACAUUAUGGUCACAACCAUUAACUUUCAAAAAGCUUUCUUUAAGUUUGAUAUGGCCCUAAAGAAUAAGUCCUACUAAACAGUGUGUUAUUUUAUUACUUAUCCUCUUAAAAUGUAAAUAGAAUCCUUUAGUAGCGUAGGGUGUAGAUUGUGAAAAUCUGUAAUUUAUAUAGAGUGUUAUAUAGAAAGUACUGUGUAAAACCCAAAGGAGUCUUACGUGUGUACUUUUAGACGGAUUGGAUAUAUGGAUAUCAGAUUUAUUUACGUAUUUAAUAUAUUAAAAUCUUAUUGUGAUGUUGUAUUUUAAUGCCAUUUUAGCCUAUCAGUGUAACCAAAUGAUGCUAAUAGAGUAUAAGAGGUUUUCAUUAUAAAUUGUAGUGUUUUAAAGAGUUGUAGGCGAAUCGUUUUUUUUAUUGUGUAUUAUGUGAAUGAAAUGUAAUGUAUGGAUCCUUUAAUACAUCACUUCGAUGUCUA